UCAUCUUGUUAUCUUGUUCCAUUCUCUUCCUUUGACUAUCAACCAAAAUUAACUUUCGAUUAGCCUAAUUUAUAUAUUUUUUUACUGAUUUUCUUUUUCAUAAUAUUAUCUCUGUUAGUCAAUCAUCACGCCUCAUAUUUUUGUCUCUGUGUCUCACCCUCUUCUUUUAUCUUUCUUUUUUUCAUUCUCUUUCUUUUUCGGGUUUAUUCAUCUUCCCUAAUCUUCAUCUUUUCUCUUUCUCUUUCUCUCUUCUCUCUCCUUUUUACAUUCUUUUUUUCUUUCUCUUCUGUAUCAAUCACUUUUCGUCAUACCUAUUAUCCUCUUGAUUUCUCUUCUUGCAAUAUUCUUGUUCUUCUUGUGGUCAUCAUCAUCUUCCAUCUUCACCUUUUCUCAUUUUCACCAUUUUCUUUUUACCAAAAAACUUGUCUUCAAAUUAUGUUGUCCCGUUAAUGGUCAAUCGAGGAAAUGUCCCUCGUUUCGCCAGAAUCUAGUCCUUCUUUACCUUCUAAACCAGUGGUCACACCUUUGCAAUCAGCUAAUUGUCAACUUAAUCAAACUAACAAUUGCAUCAAGCCCUCUGUGUCUUCUGCUUUCUCCAUCGUUCCUUCAUCAUCCAUCUCUCUAUCAUCAUCUUUAUCAUUAACCAAUCCAACAGAAGCUCAAACAACUACAGUGAACACUGAACGUCGUCAUUCUGAUGCAGGUUUCGUAUUCUCCUCUCUAAUUGGCAAAGACUCAACGGACUCAACUGAGUCACAAUUCAAGUUAACAACUUCAAACACUAUCACAAGUAAUAGUGGUACUGGUGGUGGUGGAACUGGUGAAGGAAAAACUGUCAACGGAAAUGAACUUAACUCAAAUGAAAUUACCCUUAUCGAUAGACUUACAAAGACAACAUCUAUCUGGUUUCUACCGGAUACUGGUCGAUCCUGUGUAACUAACCUUCUUGAAAGAAAAGAAAAUGGAUGUUUUAUCGUUCGUAAUUCAAGUAAAUACAAUUCAAUGGCCUUAUCGGUUAGAUUACCUGAAGGAAAAGGACCUCAUGUUGAACAUUAUCUCGUUGAAACUUCACCAAAUGGUUUAUUUCACCUUGAAGGAUCUGAAAAUUAUUUUACCAGUAUGACAUCACUAAUAUCUCAUUAUAGCAAUUGUUGUGAUGAGUUACCUGUCCGAUUAACUUUACCUAAUAAGUUAAUGAAUGCAAAUUUCGUUAAAUUAACAUCCUAUUCACUUUUGGGCCAAGAAUUUUGGCAUACACUCAAUCAAACACCUAAACGAGCUUUUGCCCCGAUCAUACGAAGCGCCAGUAAUGCGUCAAGUACCAACAAUAAGCAUAAAUUUACCAAUAAUAACAACAACAACAACAAUUUAAGUUUAACACUUUCAUUAAGUAUUAAACAAUUAGCCACUGAUGCCACCGAAAAACCUGCAAUUGAAGUAUCCAUUCAAUCACCCGAUCAAGGUUCUUACCGAAGUAACAAAAGUAAUAAUCUUUCAGGAAGAAGAAGACAAGUUCCCAAUUUAUCUUUAACCACCAAUAACUUAAAUCAACAACAAGCAUAUAUUGUUAAUGAAUUAACAUCUUCAGGAUCAUCAACCAACAUAACUUGUUUACCUUCAUCUUCAUCUUCAUCAACCUCUUCAUGUUCACCUCCAUCAACUUCACCUUCCAGAAUUGAUACCGAUGAAUUGAUGAUAGAUUAUAACAAUGAUCCUCUUGUGGAUAUGAAAAAAAGCUCAACUGUGCCAAUCAAUUUAGUCGAACAAUGUGAAAGUUCAGUGAAAAUCUCUGUGCCACCCAAACCUCCACCACGAUCAAGUAUCACUCCUUCCGGUGAGGGUAACAUGCAAAUCUCAAUUGCACCUCCAGUUCCUUCACGAACUUGCAAACCCUCAUCAAAGGCCAAUUCGAAAAGUUUCUCAUCAUCAACCAUCAAUUCAUUCAUUAAAAGUAUCUCCAUAGAAGAUAUUUUUUCUAAUAAAAAUCAAUCAAAUGCCAGUGAUGACGAGCUAUUAAUUGUAAAAGAAGAAGAAAUUGAUGACGAAGAUGAUGAAACAAUAGAUGAUAACAAUUAUUCAAGUAACAACAACAACAACAACAAUAGAAGUAAAAAUAGAAAUAAUAAUAUUAACAUGAGAAAUCACACCAACAAUUAUAAAGAUAACAAUUUAUCAAUUAGUCAGAGAAACCCUGAAAAUGGGAGUUCUCACAAUAUCUCUAGUCAAAGUGAAAACACCAAACCAAAUGAGACAAUGAAUAAUGAGAAAUCACCACGAGGUAUUGAAACAUUAAUUAAAUACUAUAAUAGUAAAGUUGAAGAUAAAUACAGUGAUUAUGAAGAUAUUUGGAGUUUCACUCCAAAGCCAUUUGAAGAUCGAAACAAAUUAUCACAACAACAACAUCAACAAGCCGAAAAAAAGGAAAAAGAAUCUCCAAAAGUUACUAAAUCAUCUCAAUCAUCAUCUGAAACUCACCAACAAAUUAAAAAGCAUAAACCAUCAAUAAUUGCAUCAAAUUCGAGGAUCAAAUCAACACCAUCAUCAUGUUCAUCACAUGGUUUUAAAAAAUCAAUUAUUACAUCUAAUUCAAAAUGUUGCUCUGCCAGUACUCAAACAGAUCCAAUGAAAUCAUCAUCCUGUCAUAAUGAUGAUCAAUUUAAUGAAAUAAUUAAUCGUUUCGAACAUCAUUCCCAUUAUGGUUCGGAUUCUAAUUUAACUCUUUCCUCGAUAAGAUCAACUCACAGUAAACAUAAUUUAUCCUUGGAAAGUUUAAUCUAUCUUAAUAAGGAUGCUCUUUCAAUUUAUGGUGAGGCCAGUGAUCUGGGCUUUCCCCUUAGUGGUGGUUCAAAUGAAGUUAAUCCACAAUUGGAAGAUGCUUGCACACAAAUUGGUAAUAGUAAAGCCAAUAAUUCAUCAUCAUCAACAUCUCAACAGAAGAGACCCCACCAAUCGGGGGGAAAUAAAGGAAGUGACCAAUGGACAAAAGGCAAACUGGGAGGAACUCGUGGUAAAGAUGGCGCUUGGUUGGUUGAUUCAUCAUGGAAAUGGCGUCGAUCUAAUAAUUAUCUUGAUCAAUCGGAUACCAUUAGUGUGACCUGUUCAAAUGCUGAUGAUACCGAUGAUACAACUUUAACAUUAAGAUCUCCACUUCGACGAAAUAAACGAUCUAACAAUUCUUCAUCUGAUGAUAAGCGAACUCUUGACCAGGAGAGAGCUGAUCUUAUUCGUUAUCGUCGAUUUAGUGCUCGAUAUGUUCUUGAAUCGGGCGUUGAAAGUGAUCCAGAAACUGCCGAUGAAGCGGGUACCAGUUUCGAGAAGAGUAAUCGUAAAGGGGAUGAGAGAAAAUCUCGUACUGUUGAAGAUUUAAUUGCACUUGAAGCUCCCGAGUUGAAAGUACCUAAAAUAGAGAUUGACACAAAUAUUAAUGUUAAUCUUGAUGACAGUUAUGAUAAUGUGGUCACUUUACGUAAACAUGAUAGAGAUGCGGCCACCCGAAAAGCAAACCGUGAAGAUUCAAGUAAAACAAGUGGUGGUACCAUGACCGAUACUGAGACGGUUUUCAAUGAACCUUGGGAUAGUGAAUAUUGGCGGAAAUUAAUCAGUGUAACUCCAGGAAAAUCAGAAAUACAGACGAGUUUAUCACCGGAAGAGGAAGAUAAUGAAGAAGAUGAAUCUGUUUCCAUUUAUGAUGAUCCCAAUGGUGCCUCAAGUUCAGCUCUUGCGAGUAAAUUUAUUGGCUCAUCAUCAUUAUCUUUAAUUACUGACGAUAAUGAUAAGUCAACUUUACUUAAUGAAUCAAAUAGUAAUAAAAGUAAAGUGAAAAAAGAAACCUCAUGUAAACAACGAAUAGAUAAUUUAGUUGAACGAUUAUCUUCAUUCAGUGGUAAAUAUAAUAAUGAUAAUGUGCUAAGUGGUAAUAGUGUUAAUCAACAACAACAACAACAACACCAACAUCAUCAUUCAUCAUCAACAAUAUUGUCUCAAAAUGAGUUGGGUCAUCAUCAUCACUCAUCGGAAAGAGAGUCAAUUGACAUAACUGAAAUAACCUCAUUCACCUCGGAAGCAGUUUCCGAUCUUUUAUCUUCCAUUUCAAUGCAUGAUGAAGCAAUAAUUACCAUGGAAUCAAAUUCAUCGACUCUUAAAUCACAAACAGUAACCACCACAACCUCAUCAACAAGCCACCGUAAUGAGCGCAUCUAUUCAGCGGGUAAAAGUAUCUGUGAUUAUAUUUUUAAGCUCACUGAAGAGGGUGACAAUACGUUUGCCAAAUCGGUGUCUCAUUUUAUUGAUUGUACAAAAGAUUUAACUCAAGUCAACCCACACGUUGUAAUGAGAAAUAUAAGACAAUUUAUGAAUGGAAUGAAAAAUUAUCUGGUUAAACAUGGGGAAAAAAAUUUCCUCGAAAUGAUCAGGGAAGAGCGAAAUAAACUUAAAAGUGAUGAAUUUCUCAAUAUUGACGCAAUAAUUGAGGGAACUCUUCAUAAGUUAAUAAUUAAACCGUUAAAAUCUCAUUUGGAUGGACUUUUCGUUGAAUAUUAUAAAACCAAUGGAUCACUUUCACUACUCUCUGAGAAUAUGAAAAAUGCUCAGAAGAAAAGUCCCACCGAGAUUGGUGUUCGUUCUGACCUUUAUCUUCCCGAUUCUAAAUCAAUGGCCAUUAUCCAGAGACAAUUUAAUUCAAUGCAACGAGCUUAUUCACCGCUUAAAAAGUUGGAACACUUGCUGGCAGCUAUAUCAUCAAUCUACAGUGGAGUUAAAAUUAGCACUCAGCAAGCAGUAAACAACUCAUCGGAAUCCAUGUCCAGUAGAGGAGGAGGUGGAGGCGGAAGUGGUGUUACUAAUAACAAUAGAAAAGCGGAGGGAAGCCAUUUAUCUAUUGGAGCUGAUGAUUUUCUACCAAUUUUCAUCUAUGUUUUAGUUCAUUGUGGUUUUCUUUCAGCUGAAAUAGAAGCUGAAUUCAUGUGGGGCCUUCUUCAUCCUUCCCUCCUCUCAGGUGAAGGUGGUUACUAUUUAACUACCCUCUCUUCAUGUCUUCAUGUGAUUAAAAAUAUGUCAGAAACUGAGAUGACAUUAAUUGAUCAACAAAAUUUAUCUACAACAACCGAUGAACACAAUUUAACCGCAUCAACAAGUUUAUUAUCAUCUUCAAUUGCAUCCAUUUCACCAUCACCUCCAGCCACACCUAGUAUUAUGGGAAUCGCUACAGGAACCUCAAGUUCAUCAAGUCUGGUUACCUCUAUGACUCCCUCCCGAUUAGCCAGUGUCACUGAUUUACAAGGUUACAUGAAAAUAAUGAUUCCAAAUGAACUUUCCUGUUCAAUUGUUACCAAAACACUGCCCGUAAGACCAAGUAUGACAACUAAGGAUGUUUGUAAAAUGAUUGCUCAUAAAUUCAAUCAAACUAAUUCAGAGGAUUAUGGACUAUUCCAGAUAACUGGUGAUGGAAGUGAAACUCAAUUAGAGCCAAAUGAUUUACCUCAAGCAAUUAAAUCAGAAACAAUUAAAUCUGGUAAAUUGUCAACUUUUGCUUACAAGAGGAUUGAUGUUAAAUUUAUUUGGCCUAAAAUGGAUGAUCAAUGAUUAAUUACAAAACACACACAAUUAAUGAACCAAUUAAUCUUAUCAUUACAAUCAAACAUGAUGAUGAUCAUCUCUCAAUUGCCAACAAUUUAAAUCAUCUAUAUAUCUUAUCACACAUAAUAUUAUUAAUUUUUUCUCAAGCCAAUACUUAUACAUACACAGCGAAAAAGGCGGAAAAUAUAUGGAUAAAAAAUUGGAAAAAAAAUCUACAAUUAAGUCAAAUUAUGUUCACUUUAUAUGAAACAAUUUAUAAAUAAUAUACAUAUUUACAUAUUCAUUUAAUCAAUGUAAACAUCUCACACAAUCGAGGAAUUAACCUCAUCCUUCCUAAAGACUCAUUUUCUUACGAAAUCUUGAUAACUUUCUUUUUUCUCGAAUAUGGAAAAUUAAGGCUCACUAAUCAAUAUUUUUUUCAUCUCAACAAUUAAUACAAAAUAAUCAAAUCUAAAA